CUGAAGUCUGAACGAAGGGAAGAAACAAUAACAAAAAUGUUAGCCGCUACUACUAGCUUCAGUAUCCGAGACCCGACACCCGAACCCAAACUUUCAAUCCCAACCAUUUAUCUCUCCUCUGACCGACCUUCCGAACCUCAAACUCGGAAGCAAAAGGGAAGCGCGAAGCUAAACCUCUGGUCCAGAGCUCGAUCAAUACGGUCGGGCCGAAAAUUGAACCGCCCGGUUGAAAAUCCGGUUCAAGCAGCGGUUCCGGUUGAGAAAGAUCGAACCGGCGACGCUGUCUCCGAUUCAGAGAGAGAAGAUGACGGCGAAACUCGGGACGGAAAGUCUAUUUACAUGGUUUCUGACGGCACAGGAUGGACGGCUGAGAAUUCUGUUAAUGCGGCGUUAGGGCAGUUUGACCAUUGCUUAGUUGACCAUGGUUGUUCCGUUAGUACUCACUUGUUUUCCGGGGUAGAUGACAUUGAUCGACUAAUAGAAAUUGUGAGGCAAGCUGCAAAAGAAGAUGCUAUUCUUGUCUAUACUCUUGCUGAUCCUUCAAUGGGUGAUGCUGCAAGAAAAGCCUGUCAAUUAUGGGGUGUACCAUGCACCGAUAUCCUGGGCCCAAUUACUGAGGCAAUUGCUUCUCAUCUUGGUGUUUCACCUUCAGGUCUUCCCCGCGGGGCGGGAGGCACAAAUUUCCUAAGUGAGGAUUACUUCCAAAGGAUUGAAGCUGUUGAGUUUACCAUCAAACAAGACGAUGGGGCUCUACCGAAGAAUUUGCAUAAGGCUGAUAUUGUUCUUACUGGUGUCUCUCGAACAGGAAAGACUCCUUUGUCAAUUUACCUUGCACAAAAAGGAUACAAAGUAGCAAAUGUACCAAUUGUAAUGGGUUUGGAGUUGCCAAAAACUCUGUUUGAAUUGGACCCUGAUAAAGUUUUUGGUUUGACCAUUGAUCCGAUGAUCUUGCAAACAAUAAGAAAGUCCCGAGCCAAGACUCUGGGGAUUGCUGAACAUGAGAUGCACAACUACUCACAGAUGGGUUACGUGAAAAAGGAGUUAGAACACGCAGGUAAAAUUUUUGCACAAAAUCCAAGCUGGCCUGUAAUCGAGGUGACUAGCAGAGCCAUUGAAGAGACUGCAGCAGUAAUCUUGAGGCUAUACCAUGACAGAAAGCAGAAGCGAUCAUUGCCCAGUAUAUCAAAGCGUUACUGAAAUUUCCAAUGACUCAAAAUGGAGGCAGAGUAAGAUUUGCUCUAUGGUCAUUAAUAUAGGUGACAUGGCAUUAUCUUAUAAGCAAAAUAUGGUAAGGAGAAAGAUCCUAUGAAACACGAACCUCGCAUAGAUUAGAUCCAAUCCAACUUUGAGACGAGGCCCAUGGAAGGGAGGGGGAGGACAAGUGAAAUCCCACCCUCAAGACCCUAGUGGCAGGGUUCGAAGUUGAACCUCCUAGUUACAAGGUGCAAGGUGGGAAUCUUACCACUAGACCAAGGUACCUUGGUUCUUAUAUUACUAGACUUGUCGAGUGUCCACCACUAUUGAAGUGCUAUACUCUUACCUGUAUAUGGUUGUUAACAUCAGUGGUUUGGACUACAGCAUUUGGCCAUCAUAAUUAUUAUCAUCAUCUAUUAAGUAAAAAAAAGUAGCAGGUAUAUUGUAGGAUUAUAAGUUUACGUGGAAGUGUUAUCACAUUUCAAGUUGCGGCUGUUUAGCUUGAAUGAUUGUUUCAGUCCAGAACACUGUACAAUUGUAAAAUAGUAUACCCUCCAGUUCUAUA